AUGAAUCGCUAUGUUCGGGCGCAAAAUGUUAUCAGUAUUGCCAAAAGAAGUGUUUUAACCACAACCAGGCUUAAUGCCCAUCCAAAGAAAGUCCUGCCUAAGAAGGCCUCCUCCAUCAUCCAUCUUGAUCUUCCACAAAUCAAGACAGCCGAAAUCACUCCUAAAAAGAUGCGAAUGGCGCUCAACUACAUCCUCGAAAACCUCCUAGUCGACGGUCGGGUGACAGUUGUCCUCAAAGAAAGCCAAAAACCGCCAGGAAUCCUCAUCGACGAAAACUUCCUCAAAGAAAACUUAGAGCCCGACGUUUUUAAAAACUACUUCCGUAAUAAAACAUAUCUGAAAUCAAUCGGCAUCAGAAGAAUUCGUCAGCGCGGGGACUCGUGGAAAAGAGAUCAGCGCGGAAAACUCAACGAUUUUUACUACCAAAUUUUCAUCCCUUACAAAGAUGUGUCGGUGGAGAAUAGAAGCAAGUUGGAAGAGUGUCUCAAAACGGCAGGAUUGUUGGAAGAUUCUGUCUGCGAACAUUACGCGGAUUCGGAAGGAAAUCAAUUCUCCAAAGAAGUGCUGAGAUCCGCGCUAGAAUCUAAAAGCCCUCUAGAGCUCAUUUGCAAGGGCUACCCGAUUAGAGGAGUAAUGGAUAUGAUGAAGUACAUGCGUCUUACGGGAACAGAAUUUUCGCAUAAAUACAUCGAUGACCCUACUGAAGAGAUCUACAGGCCACUUGCCGCGCUAGAAUAUGCAAAAGGCGAACUUCUCAUGGAUGAAAUAGCUCCGGAAGAAAGCGAAAAACGAGCGAUGCAAGAUUUCAUCGGCGACGCAAUCUUCCACAAGAAUAAUUAUGGGAUCAUUCAUCAGUUUCUCGAUUUCAUGAAGAUCGACAUAAAAAUUCGAAUACACGCUGCUUACAGAAAUCGAGGCCAGCUCUCUGAAUUGUACAAAGAGAAUCCUCACAAACGAGCCCGGCGAUUUAUGGCUCAAUAUUCGCAUCUGGUCUUCCCGAAUCAUUCCUUGAGCCGAUUCCUGAACCAGAAAGCGCUGCUCAUGGCGGAACUUGCUGAAAGAAAUCGAACAGAUCCGCGUGGUUCUGAUCCGCUUUUCUGGGAGUACGAGCGGGCCUCGCAGUCGAUUGAUUACAGAAUGAAGAGGAAGCCUAUCUUUGAAAAACUUGAUUUGAUUGUAAAUCCGGCAGUGAAUCAAGCGGCGAUUAGGUCGUUCGAUCAAAUUCAAGAGGACACGUUGGGUAUUUUGGACGAAUACAGCGACAUUAUUGAACGAAUUUGGGAUGGAGACAGGGUCUCGAAAAAUUGGAUGUGGGGCGGUUGUUAG